GGGCUGUGGAGCUCACUCGCCACUGCCACACUGUCCGCUCCUCUCUACGCUUUGCUCCAUUACUGUUCUUCCUUUUCUUUUCUCGAAAAUCCAAGAAAAUUCGGGGAUUUUCCAUUGGAGAACCCUUGAGAACCCCCGGGCUUGGGUUUCUGGGGGCCCUCUACGGCGCGCUCCUCCUCGGCGGCGAUUGAUAGGUCGAGGGUAUCACGCUUGUUCCGUUGCUUGGUAGUGGGUUUUGGGGGAAAUGUGUUACGUAUUUACCUCUUCGAAGGGGUAUUCUAAGGUCUUUGGCUUCUGACUUGGGGCUUUCGUUGUUGUUGCUGAAAUUUUUUGGUGCGAUCGAGUCUGGUGCUCUGAGAUCUCCACCGUUUCCUUCUUUUCUCACUCAGAGUGCUGGAUUUCUUCUUUUCUAUCUUCCUUUUUGUUUUCUCCUGUGGAGAUCUAGGUAUUGCGGACUCUGUUAAGGUUUUUCUCUCCAUUUCAAGAAAGUUCAGAUUUUGUGUACCUUUUGAGAAUUUCUUACACCUCUGAGAUCUGAAACUGUGCUCUUUUGCUUCUCCGAUCGUUCGAAUUGGAGUUGUGUCUUCUCCUUUCCUGUCAAGUGUCGAUAGUCUUAGAAGAUGCAGAGACCCCUUCAGCCCCAGGAGUACUCCUUAAAGGAGACAUCUCCCCACCUUGGUGGUGGUGGAGUUGCCGGCGACAAGCUCACCACAACUUAUGACCUCGUGGAGCAGAUGCAGUAUCUCUAUGUCCGUGUCGUGAAGGCUAGAGACCUGCCGACCAAGGAUGUAACUGGAAGCUGUGACCCUUAUGUUGAGGUGAAGCUGGGGAACUACAAGGGCACAACCCGCCAUUUUGAGAAAACGACCAAUCCUGAAUGGAACCAAGUCUUUGCCUUCUCAAAAGAGCGGAUACAAGCUUCCUCAGUGGAAGUCAUUGUCAAAGACAAGGAUUUUGUGAAGGAUGAUUUCAUUGGUCGGGUUUCAUUUGAUCUAAAUGAGAUUCCGAAGCGAGUUCCACCGGAUAGUCCAUUGGCUCCGCAGUGGUAUAGGCUGGAAGACCGGAAGGGAGACAAGGUGAAGGGAGAACUGAUGUUAGCAGUUUGGAUGGGCACUCAAGCAGAUGAAGCGUUUCCAGAAGCUUGGCAUUCAGAUGCUGCAACUGUUCCAAGUGAUGGCCUUGCAAGUAUAAGGUCGAAGGUAUACCUCACGCCUAAGCUUUGGUAUGUGAGGGUGAAUGUUAUUGAAGCCCAGGACUUGCAACCUAGCGAUAAGAGCAGGUUUGAAUUCUAUGUUAAAGUUAUGCUUGGUAAUCAAGCUCUCAGAACUAGAAUAUCUCAGAUCAGGACCAUUAAUCCUAUGUGGAAUGAAGAUUUGAUGUUUGUAGCAGCUGAACCAUUUGAGGAGCACUUGGUUCUGAGUGUUGAAGAUCGGGUGGCACCCAACAAGGAUGAGGUAUUGGGGAAGACUGUCAUUUCCCUGCAGAAUGUGGACAGGAGGCUGGACUACAAGCCUGUCAAUAGCAGGUGGUAUAAUCUCGAGAAGCAUGUGAUUGUGGAGGGUGAACAGAAGAAGAAGGAGGUGAAGUUCUCUAGUCGGAUUCAUCUGAGAAUUUGUUUAGAUGGUGGAUACCAUGUUUUGGAUGAGUCGACCCACUAUAGCAGUGAUCUGAGGCCAACAGCAAAACAGUUGUGGAAGCAGAGCAUUGGAGUUUUGGAACUGGGCAUCUUGAAUGCUCAGGGGUUGUUGCCUAUGAAGACUAAGGAUGGUCGUGGGACUACGGAUGCUUACUGUGUUGCUAAGUAUGGACAGAAAUGGGUCCGUACAAGGACUAUUAUAGAUAGCUUUACUCCAAAGUGGAAUGAACAAUACACCUGGGAGGUAUAUGAUCCGUGUACGGUUAUUACAAUUGGUGUAUUUGAUAACUGUCACUUGCAAGGAGGGGAGAAGGCAGCUGCUACAAGGGAUACCAGGAUUGGCAAGGUGAGAAUCCGUCUUUCUACACUUGAAACUGAUCGGGUUUACACCCACUACUACCCUCUUAUUGUGUUGCUUCCUUCUGGGGUGAAGAAGAUGGGAGAAGUUCAGCUGGCUGUCCGCUUUACAUGUUCCUCUUUGAUUAAUAUGUUGCACCUGUAUUCACAACCAUUACUUCCAAAGAUGCAUUACCUUUACCCAUUGUCUGUUGUUCAGCUUGAUAACCUGAGGCACCAGGCCACUCAGAUAGUAUCAAUGAGGUUGAGCCGCGCAGAGCCACCUUUGAGAAAGGAGGUUGUGGAGUAUAUGUUGGAUGUGGAUUCUCACAUGUGGAGCAUGCGGAAGAGCAAGGCUAACUUUUUCAGGAUCAUGGGUGUCCUCAGCCCUUUGAUUUCAGUUGGAAAAUGGUUUGAUCAGGUUUGCAGUUGGAGGAACCCUCUGACUACAAUACUUAUUCACAUUCUCUUUGUGAUAUUGGUUUUGUACCCGGAAUUGAUACUCCCAACGAUUUUCCUCUACCUGUUUUUGAUCGGUGUCUGGUACUUCCGUUGGAGGCCCAGGCAGCCUCCUCACAUGGACACCCGGCUUUCACAUGCGGAAUCUGCCCAUCCUGAUGAGCUAGAUGAAGAAUUUGAUACUUUCCCUACAUCUCGUCCACCCGAUAUUGUGAGGAUGAGGUAUGACCGGUUAAGGAGUGUAGCAGGGAGAGUACAGACUGUGGUUGGUGACCUGGCGACACAAGGGGAGAGGUUGCAAUCCCUGUUGAGCUGGAGAGACCCAAGAGCAACUGCCUUGUUUGUGACCUUCUGUCUGAUUGCUGCCAUUGUGCUUUAUGUUACGCCGUUCCGUGUUGUGGCCUUACUGACCGGUUUGUAUGUGUUGAGACACCCAAGAUUCCGCCAUAGGCUUCCGUCGGUGCCCCUUAACUUCUUUAGGAGGUUGCCUGCUAGAACGGAUAGCAUGUUGUGAGCUGUGGAAGGCCUUCUCUUUUGUCUGUACCAAAAUGAUCCUGGUUGGAACCUGAGUUGCAGCUGAGUGGUGUGACGAAGAUAUUCAGCGGUUACUUUCUCAAUGAACAGCUGGUGUUGGAUGUCUGUGUGAUCUGUAAUUUUCACCUGGUAUGUUGGUCUUGUUGGAAUUGUAGCUUUUUUCUUUAUGUUUCUCCUUAAUUUCACUUUUUGAUGUGUUUUUGUUUUUUUCGAUGAAGCACUUCUUGAUGUGUUGCUUUCUUUUAUAUGUUUCUCUGUCAAAUUCAUGGAGCUUCUUUAGUCUCUGAACCUAUUAAUUCUUAUAAGUUGAUUUGAUAUCUGUUGUGC